UCGCUUAUUGAACCACGAUUCAUAUCAAAUAUGCGCAAAAUCGCAUAGUAUUAUUGUACGUAUGUAUUUAUAAAGGCAAAACCGGAUCUGAUGCAUGACUGACCAGUUCCAGUUACAAGAAAACAACUGUCAUCUACACGUCUUCACUCAAUAAUAAAUAAUAUUAAGAAAAUGAAUGAUAAAUUUAGUAUUUUAUGUGUACUCAGUUUGUUAACAUGGACUCCCUCUUACACAGCAGAUAUAAAAAACUGCAGCGAUUGCACUGCUUCCUACGCCUGUGCUGCCUUCGUGACGGCGACAGAAAACCUGAUAGCUUGCACGGUAAAGCUGCCAUCUUGCGUGCCAGUAGUUGAAUCCCAGGUGGUUGAGCAGCUGUCGAGUAACGGCUGCGGGCGCGAUGAUAGUGGGAACGCAAAGGUGUGCUGCGCAGAACUAACAGCUGGAGUGGAGAGAGCACUAGCGUCUGUUGACCAUCCAAACCUUCCCUUGUUACCGGAAAACUGCGGAGUUGGAGAAGACGACGAGUUUGCGAAUCGAGUAGCAGGUGGGGUUCCUGUUUUAGGAAUCUACGACUAUCCAUGGAUGAUCUUCAUUUCUUACCAGACUCAGGCAGGACCCCAAUUCCAGUGCGGUGGCAGUCUGAUAAACGACCGCUACGUGUUGACUGCGGCCCACUGUCUCUCCCGUAAGGAGGUACUAACUGUGAGGGUACGGGAAUACGAUGUUGAAACUAAAGGGCCUCCAGAUAUUCCUAUAGAAGAGGCCAUUCCUCACCCAGGAUACCGCCGUAGACCUGUCAUAACAGAUGACAUCGGACUCCUGAGACUGAAAAAUCCUGUGAACUUAUAUUCCAAAAACGCUGGCACAAUUUGCCUGCCAGUAACUCGCGACCUGCAGAACCGCGACAUAGUUGCACAGGGCGCCACCAUCGCCCAAAGGCGGAAAGCUGAGGAAAACUACGAAUCGGUCACGCUGCUAUAUGCCGAUGUAACCAUCUAUAGCACCGAGUAUUGCCGGGAGCAGUAUAAUAAAAGCAGAAAGCAUGGCGAAGAAGACAAGAUGAUCAACAAGAUUUGCUCCGACUCCAACCUAAAGGGCGCUUGUCGCGGGGUCUCCGGGGCCCCCUUAAUGGUGUGGGCCCCCUUUGGGGACCGAAAGCGCUUCAUACAAUACGGUCUCGUAACGUAUGGACCAAAUCGAUGCGGGACCCUUUUUCCGGAAGUUUACACUGACGUUUCGAAAUAUAUAACGUGGAUUUUGAAUACAAUACGAUCUUGAAUAUUAUUAGUUAUUUGUUUUACAAGGGGGCAAAGUAGUUGUUUAACCGCACGUGCC